CGCUCUUAUUAUCAGGUGGUGGUGCUCGUACUGGAAAACAAAAAAACACAAACUAAAAAUAAGGAAAAAGCAUUUUUAUUAAAGGAAAAAAUAAGAUAAAAUUAAAGAAAAAACCCCUCCAAAUUCGAAUCAAAAACCCUCGAGAAAACUCCAUCGGAGCUGUCUCAUGUUCGUCUUUCUUCUUCUGAAAUGGAGUCCCAAGCCCUGACGACCAUCGGACCUCCGACGCCGUUCUCCAUCUCCGGCCUCAGGGGAUUGUUUUAUGGAGCAAAGAUAUUCCAUUUUGCUGUGGUUCUGUCAUGUGCCAUUUUUUGCCUCGCGACAUGUCAUCCAUGCUCUAUGGAUGGAAAACAGGAAUCAGCAGAAUUUGAUGCUUGCAGGUCUUAUGGGGAUAAGUCUAAUGCCGUUUUCCUGGAUAUUAAUGCGGAGUAUGGACAUCCGAGAAGCUACUUAAAAAUUGAGAGCAUUUGCACCAAUUCCCAUGCAUUCUGCUUCCCUUCAACUUUGCCUGGUUUUUCCUCUAGAGAUGACAAGCUUGAAGCUGCUGCUCUUGAAGCUGCAGGAAGUCCGUUUGAUACUCCAAUAAAUGUGGGAUCAGCAGAUGAUACCAAGUCAACAAUGAACAAAAGCUGGUCAAUGGACUAUGGCAGGUUUAAGUUACUUAAUGGAGGAGUUCUCUCGUGCUCGUUGAACUCGAGAGAGGGUUCUAACAAGUUAUCAUCCAUUCAGACCGAUGGUGCUAUUCAAAAUGAUGCUUCAUCCUGUAGAAGACCUUUGCUUAAUAAGAAACGCACAAAUUUUAAGGCAGAAGAGAACCUAGAAAUAGCUAAAUCUGGUUCUUUUGAUGUUUCUUCCUCACGUCAUGUUGAAAUUAGCCCUGCGAUAUUAGAUUGGGGGCACAAGCAUAUAUAUUUCCCUUCUGUAGCUUUCUUAACCGUAGCAAAUACAUGUAAUGAAAGCGUCUUACAUGUCUACGAACCAUUCAGUACUGACUCACAGUUCUAUCCUUGUAAUUUUAGUGAAGCUUUGGUAGGACCAGGUGAAACAGCUUCAAUAUGUUUUGUUUUCUUACCGAGAUGGUUGGGCUUGUCCUCAGCUCACCUCAUUUUGCAGACCAGCUCUGGUGGUUUCUUGAUCAAGGCAAAAGGUUUCGCAAUUGAGUCUCCUUAUGUAAUUCAUCCAUUGCAAGGUCUUGAUGUUUCUUCUGGAAGUUCCGGUAGAAGGUGGAGCAGGAAUUUGUCUUUGUUUAAUUCCUUCGAUGAAACCCUCUACGUGGAGGAGAUAACUGCAUGGAUAUCCAUUUCUGCAGGGCAGACUUCUAUUCACACCGAAGCAACUUGUAGUGUUAGAAACUUUCAAGAUUCAGAGGUGCUUGCUAUGCCAAGCAUUGAGGAUUGGAUGGUUGUAAGGAGUGGCCAAUUUGGUUUGCCCUUGCUGGGGAUGAGGCCCCUUAGGAACUGGGAGAUUGGUCCACGCAGCACUGAAACCCUCAUAGAGAUAGACCUCUCAGUUGAAUCAAAAGGAAAAGUUUUAGGUGCAUUUUGUAUGGAGUUGCUAAGGUCAUCUCAGGACAAGUCUGAUAUGAUUGUGGUUCCCCUUGAAGCUGAAUUUGAUGGAAAAGCAGUACCUGAUGUUUCAGGAUCGAUUUCAGCUUUUCUUGAGGUCUUACAUCCAUCUGAUGCCAAUGAAGCUGUCGUUGCUAUCUCUCUAAGAAACGGCUCUCCUUACAUUUUGAGUGUUGUUAAGAUUACUGAGCAGACUGAUAGUAGGUUUUUGUGGUUCAAAUACAUGGAAGGGUUGCUACUUUUUCCUGGCACUGAUACGCAAGUUGCUGUUGCUACUUGUACUCAUACGCAUGAUUCUCCGCCAGAUGUACUUAACAUCGGCGAGGAAUGUAAAUUACUUAUACUGACAAAUGACUCAACUAGUCCCCAGAUUGAAGUUUCUUGCCAGGAAAUAAUUCAAACUUGUUCAAGAAAUUCGAAGGAUUCUUUUGUUGGAUAUAAACAUCACUCAGAACUUGAUGAAUCUAGCAGAACAGUACAGUUGCGAAGUGGUGUGAACUUGCCAUCACAAAUCAAGCAGGCACUAGAAACUACAGAAGCGGAUGAAUUUGUGCUUGGAAACUGGAAGUCCCAUGGUACUAAAGGUGGCAUAUCUGUGCUUGUUGAUAAUGAGCUGUUGUUCCCAAUGGUUCACGUUGGAAGUUAUCAAUCCAAGUGGGUCUCUGUUCACAACCCUAGCGAAGAGCCAGUUGUUCUGCAGCUUAUUCUGAACUCCGGAGAGAUCAUUGAUGAAUGCAAGGGCACAGAUGGUCUUAUACAACCUCCUUCAUCUGGUAGUUUGGUUCACGAUGAAUCUGCUACUCCAAGUAGGUAUGGGUUCUCAAUAGCUGAGGGUGCAGUAACGGAAGCUUUUGUUCAACCUUACGCUAGUGCAUCUUUUGGACCAAUACUAUUUCAUCCUUCGACUCGAUGCGAGUGGAGAAGUUCAGCCCUGAUAAGAAACAAUCUGUCUGGUGUUGAGUGGCUGUCCCUGAGGGGUUUUGGAGGGUCACUUUCUUUACUCCUGCAUGAAGUUUCUGAGCCUGUUCAGAGUAUAGAGUUCAACCUCAGCUUGCCAAUUCCUGUUAACCUAUCGCCUGUAGAUAUUUUUGGUCACCUGGAAGGGACCUCUUAUUCCUGUUCGCAGCCAUUACUGAAAGAGCUAUACGCCAAAAAUAUGGGGGACUUGCCACUAGAGGUUAGAAGGAUCAAAGUGUCUGGAAGAGAUUGUGGGUUGGAUGGGUUUAUGGUGCACACAUGCAGAGGUUUUUCCAUUGAACCAGGAGAGUUAUCAAAAGUUCUGAUAUCAUAUCAGACUGAUUUUUCUGCUACUGUGGUACAUCGAGAUCUUGAGCUGGUCCUGGCCACUGGUAUUCUUGUAAUACCCAUGAAGGCAACCCUUCCUAUGCAUAUGCUCAAUGUCUGCAAGAGAUCUGUUUUCUGGAUGCGUCUUAAAAAAUACACUGCAGCGAUCAUUCCAGCGGCAACCUUAAUGCUUCUGGUAUUUUUCUUAACAUUUCCGCAAGUAUUAGCCUUGGGCUCCUCUGAUUAUAUCUGCAAGAGUUACAAAGAUCCCAUAGCUAGUACUUUAAGGAGUACAGGAAAAUGCCCUCAUGAGUUUAACCUGGAAAGCAGCAAGUUUUCUUUGUUGACUGAUAUGGAUAAUUUGAUAGAUAAGAGCUCGCCACAGGCAUGCAUUGGUAACUUCCCCAAUGAUCAGGUUGGGCCACCAGAUCAAGGGACACAAUAUGUGAAAUCAGUUUUGGGAAAUCAUAGACAAUCCAUUGACUCAUCAGAUAGUAGAAAAGGAGAGUUGCCGUUGUCUUUGCUGUCGCAAUCUGUACAUACUGACAAUUCCGACAUACAAGAAACAUCCCCAUCUGGACAUCUUACAAUCAAAACCGAAAAGGAAAAGGGGAAAAGGAGAAGGAAGAAGAAGGGGGCUGGUAACAAACUAGCAGGACUUUUCGAAGUUUCAAGUAGCCAGAGUGGAAAUUCGACACCUUCAUCUCCUCUAUCUCCAGUCACAUCCGUGACGCCCAGACAACUGUGGCUGCAAUUGCUUGAUCCGGACCAACCCAUUGAAGGUAGGACUCAACAAACCCAAGUGGCUAAUCAACACCCUCAAAAGGAAAAGGCUAUGAAAUCUGUUUCCAAUGCAAACUUAUCGGAAUCCAAGGUUGUUGGAGAGCACCCGCGCAAUGACUUUUGUGCUUCCGCACAAGAGCAGCGUUCAUCUUCUGUGCCUCGAAAAACAGCUACUCAUAAACCUGUUCUAUUGCCUUCGGCCACAUUUCCUUCUGCGAGUAAGCCCGCACCAAAUGUGCUUUUCUCGUCGCCUUUUUUGGCCUCAAGCUCCCCUAUUCCUCCGCAUGCUCGAGCUCCGGGGUCCAAACUGUGUGGCCAGAAAAACACAAAAGAAGAAGAAAAGGCGUCGGUUGGAAUUGGGGAUGAGUACACGUAUGAUAUCUGGGGUGACCAUUUUUCUAGGCUUCAUUUGAUGGGUAAGUCUAAGAACGUGUCCUCUUUCUUCUCCAAGACCCCAGAUAACGACUCUGAUAGCUUCUUUGUAAAGGGUCCUCAGAUCCUCGUGACCAAGUCUCAACCAAAAUCUUUAAGUUUCCGUCAAGAGGGUUAAUAAUAAAUUAUCAAUAACUUAUUAUAUAUC